ACUUAAACUUGUGUCCGUUGUAAAGGAAAUUUUGAUAGACUUGAGCAAAUAAAUACUAGCUAAAGUUAGCUUUUUACAUUUUGCCUUUUUUGGUUGAAACCAAGAAGAAAGUGAAUAGAUUACUUACCUGAAAAUCAAAUAUAAGUUUAAUUACAUUCUUUAACUAAGACGUUGUAAUGUCGGAUGAAACUGAAAUAGACCCACAUAACAUUUUCAUCAAAGAUCCAGAUGAAUGGAUGCAGUAUGUAUAUAAACAAGUAAACGUGUUAGUAGAAGAUGGAUCUGAAUACACAGGUUGGGUGUAUACUAUAGAUCCUGUGUCUGAAUGUAUUGUAUUGAUGACAUUCAAUGAUGAUAAAACCAAAAUGGACAUAAUUAAUGGUAGCUCUGUGUCUUCAAUAUCUAUCAUUGACGAGGAUACUGAAUUACAUGUAAAAGCGAAGCUAGAUGCUAUGUUUAGACCAAAGGAAACAAGUCUACUCACCGAGGAGGAACUUGAAAGUCUUAAGAAACGACUUAAAUUGUGGUUGAUAAAGAACAGGCUUCCAGUGCAACUUACAGGAAAUAAUGACGAAAUAUUGUCUAUUUCUGAUGCACUGUUUAUUGAGCCACCUUAUGGUGCAGAUAACUGUCGUAGUACCAAUGAAAUUAUUCUUGGCCGUAUUCAGGGUCUUAUAAAAAAUAUGCCUGCAGACCACGAAGAUUGGUAGAGAAUGUUCGAAUGAAAUCUAUUCAUUUAAUAAAUUUCAUGAAAUUGAAAUCAUUGUAACAUAUCAUUAAAUUGUAAUCGAAAGAAA